UGUCAAAAUAGUGCAUAUAUUCGACUGUGUGCUUUAAUAUCCUGUUUUAUUAAAAAACAAAAAAAACACAAAGCUGCAGCACAGAUCGUCCAGAUUGUGAAAUAAAUCGCUUCUAUAGGAAGAAGAGAAGCUUUUCAGGUGCCCGGAUGAACUCCGGUGCCGCCCAGUUGGAACACACGAGCCCGAUGGCUGCGAGCUGACCUUUGACCUUCGACCGCCAGGAUGAUGUCGGUCAGAGAGCGGCUCCGCCAGAACAUCUCGGCCGCCUUCUACCGGCACGGCCUGCUCUGCGCCUCCUACCCAGUUCCCAUCAUCCUCUUCACCUCCGCCAGCAUCCUGGCCUGCUGUUACCCGCUGUUGAAGCUGCCCCUGCCGGGAACAGGUCCUGUAGAGUUCACCACCGGGGUGAAGGAUUACUCCGUCCCUUACCACGAGCCUCAGAGUGACCCGGGCGAGCGUCCUGAUUGGUAUCACGGCGCUCCAGUCGCGUACAUCCAGCAGGUGUUAGUGAAGGCGGCCGUGUCUCCGUGGGACAGCAGCUUGGUGCCCGUGGACGUUUUCCGCUCGCCGCUCGGACGAGUCUUCAGCCUCCUGGAGGAGAUUCGUGACCAUGUUUAUGCUGACAGAGGAUUGGAGAGUUUGUGUCUCCAGGUGACGGAUCUGUUGCCGGGGUUACGGCGCAUGCAGUCUGUGCUUCCUGAACACGGCUGCCUGCUGGUUUCCCCCGGCAACUACUGGCAGAACCGACGAGACGUGUUCGACUCGGAUCCAGACAUCCUGAAGACCGUCCAGCAGCACGAACCCAAAGGCCUGCACACGUCCGCCACGCUGAAAGACCUGCUGUUCGGGGUUCCAGGGAAAAGCACAGGCGUCAGUCUGUACAGUAAAAAGCGAGUCGUCACCUACACCAUCACCAUCGCCUUCAGCAGUUAUGACUCCAGGUUUGUAGGCAGCCUGCGUGCCCGUCUGAAGCAGCUCCACCCGUCGGUGAACUGCAGCCUGCGUGAGGAUCACAUGGUGCACAUCCACUUUAAAGAGGAGAUCGGCAUCGCUGAACUGAUCCCCCUCGUCACCACCUACAUCAUCCUCUUCGCCUACAUCUACUUCUCCACCCGGAAGAUCGACAUGGUGAAGUCUAAGUGGGGUUUGGCCUUGGCUGCCGUGGUAACAGUGCUCAGCUCUCUGCUCAUGUCUGUAGGACUCUGCACUCUGUUUGGCCUCACGCCCACACUCAACGGAGGGGAGAUCUUUCCUUACCUCGUGGUCGUGAUUGGGAUCGAGAACGUUCUGGUCCUCACCAAGUCUGUGGUGUCGACCCCGGUGGACCUGGAGGUCAAACUUCGAAUUGCACAAGGUCUCAGCAGUGAGAGCUGGUCCAUCAUGAAGAACAUGGCCACUGAGCUGGUCAUCAUCCUGAUUGGAUACUUCACCUUGGUUCCUGCUAUACAGGAGUUCUGUCUGUUCGCUGUGGUGGGUCUCGUCUCCGAUUUCUUCCUGCAGAUGUUCUUCUUCACCACUGUGCUCUCCAUCGACAUCCGCCGCAUGGAGCUGGCUGAUCUGAAUAGGCGUCUUCCAGCCGAGGCGGGGAUGCCCCCUCCCAAACCCGGCCCCUUACGGCAAAGAGAAGCCCCGCCCCCUCCUCGUCCCUCCCCCCACACCAUCACGCUUCAGGCCCCGGCGUUUAGGAACCUGCGCUUACCCAAGAGGCUCCGCGUGAUCUACUUCCUGGCGCGCACCCGUCUGGCACAACGCAUCAUCAUGGUCGGCACUGUGAUCUGGAUCGGGAUCCUGGUGUACACCGACCCCGCCGGUCUGAGGACGUACCUGGCCGCUCAGGUGUCAGAACAGAGCCCUUUGGGAGAGGCGGGGCUUCCUCCGCACCUGGGCGUGGCUCCUGUGUUCCCAGGCGGAGACCCAACUAGCACCCUCAAUGUACUUCCUGCUCCAGACCCCACCCCUCUGCCCGAGAACCAAUCGCAGGGAGCGGAUGCCCCAGGUCCCGCCCCGUUGGUCAGCCCUCAGAUCACGUGGGGUUCGGAGGACGAGGAGGUGUGGAGGCGACUGUCGUUCCGAUACUGGCCCUCGCUCUUCGGCUACUAUAACAUCACGCUGGCUAAGAGGUAUAUCAGCAUCCUGCCCGUCAUCCCCGUCACGCUGCACCUGAGCCCUCAGGAAGCCAUCGAGAUGCGACACCCUCAGGAUACCCAGCAUGCACCACGGGUCAGCGCCAGAACCGCGCAGCUCCAGACCGACCUCACGCUGUACAAGGUUGCUGCACUGGGCCUCUUCGCCGGGGUUCUCCUGGUUCUCCUGCUCUUCUGUCUCUAUCGUGUUCUCUGUCCUCGUAACUACGGACAGAAUGGAGUCCAACAUGGCCGCCGUCGCCGUGGAGACCUGCCCUGUGACGAGUACGGCUACUCGCCGCCGGUCAGCGAGAUCUCACCACUGCUGCUCAGAGGGCAUAGCAUGGAUAUCGAGUGUUUAGCGAGUGAUGGUAUGCUGCUGGCCAGCUGCUGUUUAGCAGGACAGAUUCGUGUUUGGGACGCGCAGACCGGGGACUGUCUCACUGUCAUACCUAAUAAUGGUUUGAGAAGGAGCAGCAGUAGUGGAUGUUGGGAUCAGCGUGACGGCUGGGAUCACUACGACCCCGACUCCUCCCCCAGGGCGGAGUCUUGCACCACGUCCACGCCGGUUAGCGAGUAUGCGGUGCGCCGGAGGCCGACCCGCCCCGCCAUGUUUGUGGACCAGCCGGACCUCACGGCGCUGAUAGACACCAACUUCAGCGAGCUGCCUCCAUCACACGCGCCCUCAGACUGCGGCUUCGACUUCGGCGGCCUGGUGGAGAGGGCGUAUAAAGAGCACGAGGCGACGUCGCCUCCGGCAACAAUGCCCACGCCGCUUCCCCCGACUCCGCCCACUCCACCGGCCCCGCCCACUGAGAGGCUGAGCAUGCCGUCAGGAGACUGGGAGAGUUCAGUGUGGUCCAUGGAGCUCAGGGGAAACCUGAUCGCUGCAGGGAGGAGCAACGGCAAACUGGAGUUGUGGGAUGCUGUGGAGGGACUGCUGCGGUGUUGCAAUGAAGACGGAUCCUCGGGAAUCACCGCCCUGGCUUUCCUUAACAAUAGGAUCGUUGCAGCUCGUCUGGAUGGUUCUCUUGAUUUUUUCACCGUGGACAUCAACAAGCCGCUGGGUUUACUGCAGCACCGAGGGCCCCCGGGUUGUAGUAGUCUGCCGCCGUCGCCGUGUUACAGCAGCGAGGAUGCGAUCAGCUGCCAGCUAACACGCUCGGUUCAGUGCGCUCACCAGAAACCCAUCACUGUGCUCAAAGCUGCAGCGGGUCGAGUCGUCACAGGCAGCCAGGACCACACCGUCAGAGUGUAUCGUCUGGAGGAUUCCUGCUGCCUCUUCACCCUGCAGGGUCACUCAGGUGGCAUCACCGCCAUUUAUAUAGACCAGACGAUGGUCCUGGCCAGCGGGGGGCAGGAUGGUGCCAUCUGCUUAUGGGACGUCCUCACAGGAAGUCGUGUGAGCCAUGUUUAUGGUCACCGCGGCGAUGUGACGUCGCUGGUCUGCACUACUUCCUGUGUGAUCAGCAGCGGGUUGGACGAUCUCAUCUGCAUCUGGGACCGGAGCACCGGCAUCAAGCUCUACUCCAUACAGCAGGAAGUGGGCUGUGGCGCCAGUCUGGCAGUGAUUUCCGAGAGUUUAUUAGUGACCGGAGGUAACGGCUGCGUGUCGUUCUGGGACCUGAACUACGGAGACCUGCUGCAGACGGUGUAUCUGGGUCAGAACAGCGAGGGGCAGCACGUGCGGCAGCUCCUCGUGCUGGAAAAUGCCGCCAUCGUGUGUGACUUUGGCAGCGAGCUCAGCCUCGUCUAUGUGCCCUCUGUACUGGAGAAGCUGGACUAAACACACACACACACACAGAAGUUUAGAAGUGUGUGUGUGUGAUGGACUGUCGUCUCUGCUUGGGCUUUUACUUCCUGUUUCUUUCAGGAAAAGCAGGAAGUGCAGGUUUGGACAGAAAUUGUGUAUAAAUAAAAAUACACAAUGAUUUGAAAGAUGAGAGAAUGAGAGAGAGAGAGAGAGAGAGAGAGAGAGUGAGAGAGUUUUAAAGCCCUGGGGAUUUUUUUUUUAAUAACAUGCCAGUAGUGGGACAGAAAUAGGGCAUGACAUUUGUGUGUGUAUGUGUGAGUUCUUGCUUUUUUUUUUUUUCUAAAGGAAGACUGGACCUUAAGAGCUUUUUUUAUAUUUUUUGCUAGAAAAAGACUCAAAAAAAAAAAUCAAAUCGCAAUGUAUUUUUUACACGCGGGGUGAACGGGACGCUGAGCAUCGCUGCCUGAAGAAAGAGAGCUGUGUGUGUGUGUGUUUAAGAGCGAGAUGUAGACGUUUACAUGGAGAAUAACUGCUGAUGAGUGUGUGUGUGUGUGUGUGUGUGUGUGAGUGAGAGAAAGAAUUGUUCCUAAGGCUUACUGUAAUUAGAUGAACCUGUAAAGGAGGUGUGUUGAGCGAGUGUUGAGGGAGACGUGUCACUUUUUAAUAUUUAAAAAAAUCCAUUAUUUAUUAGUGAUAAAUUCUAACCGUUUGUACAAAAAUGCUAAACUCUCAUUUAUUAUUGUCAGAUCUUUAAUGUAUAAAAGGCGCUGACUAAUUUAAACUUUAAUUAUAUAAUAGUAUUCAUUUGGACAGUGAGGGUCUGCUUUCUUUAAUUGUGAAAUGAGUUUUUCUUUCUCCAGUUGGUUGGACGGGAGAGAAAUGACAGCACUACUACUGAACUGAUGAUCAUACAUUAGGGGUGUAAACCUCAGGCUUCAACACGAGAUAUGAUAUUAUUCCGAUUCUUAAUACAAUGAUCCGAUAUUUUUAACGAUUCCACUGAAUCUGCUACGAUAUGAUACAAUACGAUUCGAUUUAGUAGCCUCCGGUCGACGUGUGAUGAAAUUUACAGCUAAUUGGCAAAUAAUGAUGACAAAGAGAAGGACUAUUUUAUUAUUUUAUACACACCAGUUGUUUGUCCCUUUUCUGAUAAUAAUCAGAUUAAAAUUGUUGCAUUGAUUCAUUUCGGUCGUUGUCUUUAAAAUCGUCCGAUCGUUACGCACCUACUAUGCUGAAAACCCGGAUUCGUAACCCGAUUUAUCCGCCCCACGUUUUGUUUUCUAAAAAAGAAUUGACUUUAACUCAGUAGAGAAAGAGUAGUCUCCUGUCAACAGUACGUCGUUUAACUCAUUAUCAGUUCACACCUUCGGUUCUUAGCGCAUCAGCUUCAUUCAGCUGGCAGAGUUUGUCAUAAUAAUUCAUUAUAACACCAUCGUGAACAUAGUGUUGAAAAUGAUUUCUCUGUCUUCAUUUUUAAAUGAUGUGGGAUUUUAAAUGAUUCUUAGGGAUGUGCUGAUAAUCAGUUACAUCGUACAUCAUGAUACGAUAUUACCAAUGUGAGCUCUACAGGAGGAUCGAACCCGACCUUCUCGCCACAGCCCAGGUUUGAUUACGCUAAAGAUGAAGUGUAGUCCUGUCAUAAACCAUGAGAACAGCUUAGACUCGUAAUAAUGCUGAGAAGUAUUUUAUAUGCACAUGCUUGACCUACAUUUUUCCUUUUUUUCUAUACAUAUCAUAGAACGAGUGGAAUUUUUUUUUUUUUUUUUUUUAAGUAUUUUCUUAACAGUUUUGUCCUUUUAUUUAUUUACUUUUUUCCACCUGAAUGUCUACCCUGGAGUUAAAGCAGAUAAUCACAGACGGUUCCUUUAAAAAACACUACGCAUAGAGAAGAAAGUCAGCGUCACCAGGAAAUGCUUCGUGUAAUCAAUGUGUUUUUUUUUCUCAACGAAUAAUUUUUUAAAGCCUCCUUUCAAAUUUCGACGUUCGACCAAAUUGUAAUUUUGAUGUCAUUUUAGUUAAACCUGACUCUGCAACAUGCACUGCAUUCACACCCUUAAAGCUGAGUAGAAACGCACAAAACAGCACAGAUAUGUUAAAUUAUUAGCAAUAUGAAUGUAAAUAUUAAGGUGUGUUGCUGCGUGGAGAGAUUUAGUUUGUGUGUGUGUGUGUGUGUGUGUGUGUGUGUGUGUGUGGGUGCAGUUAGUUUCCAAAGCUGUGUAGUUUGUUUGGUAGAAAUGUGAAUGAUGUUUUUAUCCAUAUUUCUUUCUUUUGUGUGUUUUUAGAUGAGUUGAGAAUGACAGUAGCACAGAUACUGGGGUUAUUAGAGAUGAUGAUGAUGAUGAUGGUGAUGAUGAUGAUGAGCUCUAAAGAAAUGCGAGACGGUGUGUUUCGAAGUGUGUGUUCCAUUAAGUAGGGUUAGGCUGCUUUCACACUUGAUGUCAAUGAACUUUUCUGAAAUGUUAAAUCUUUUUCAAUUUUACAAGCUUUGCUAUGGCCAAAAAAAAAUAAAUUCUAAAAUCAUAAUUAAAUUAUUAACAAAUUAUUCUAUCUGCAUCCAUGAAUUCCGCAUGCCUUUUUGUUUUGGUAAAAUGUGCGCUGGUGGUUGAGAAAAAAACUCCAAGUGUGAAAGCAUCCUUAAUGUAUGUUUAGCAUUUAAGCUUUAGAAAGUUCAUUUGUGAAAUGCACCUUCCAUUCCAAGUUUGGGUUUUUCAGUCAGAAACUAGGGCUAAUAUCAUGGAUUUUUUUUUUAUUUUUAUUUACUACCUGUUCAAAAACAGGAACCAAACUUGUGGUUCUGGUUCAUUCUCCAUUAACUUAAGGAAUGACAGUGACUGUUAAAGUGACUGCAUCAUCAUUACAACCACGAUAACGCACUUGUUAAGUUCAGCAUGGUGAUUAAAUGUUGGUUCUUUGGUUCAGAAGUUCAGAUCAGCUGUAGCUAAAUAUCUGAUGUAUCGUUUCACAGAUGAAGGAGUUUUAAAUUUCCACGACUUGUCUUUCAUCGGAAACAGCAGCACCAACAACAAACCAGACUGUUUUGGUCUCUUUUGUGUGAUACAAGACCAAUUAGCUGUAAACAGAAGGCCAUCUUGAUGCCAAGCCUGAGCUUUUUUGAUGUACCAAAAAUACUCAUUGUACUGGCUCCUUUGGUACCGGACUAGUGGAGGAAAAAUUUGAUUGAAAAAGCACUGGUCCACUUUUCUGGUGCUAAAGGCUCUACUUUGUGCAGUGGAUAAACGCAUGCGGAUUAAAUAAGGCUGUUAAUUAAGGAUGGGCAAUGUGACCAUAUGCAAGAUACAAUCUUCUGACCGACUGCACGUUUCACAUACAUGGUUAUGUGCAGGGCCUGAAAGUCUGGUAAAGUUCAGAAUUUGAUUUCCAAAUCUGGAAAAAUUGGGAAGUUAGCGAAUGUUUUGGGGGGAAAAAAACAGAUGUUUGUUCAAGUUAGAUCUAAGAUACCAGUAAGGUUCUACAUCACUUGUCCAUAGACAUUCCCUUAUUUUCAGCUUCUAAAGAAUGUGAAACCUCAAUGUGAAUAGUCUGAAUUAAGAUAGUCAAUGUGAAUAGUCUGAAUUGGAAAAGAUCAGGAUGUUUUUCACUGAAAUUUCAGGAACUUCACUAGAGACAAAUUAAAUCCCAUUAAACCCAGUGGUGUCAGACCGUCUAACUAAAUUUGCAUAUUUCUGAGCAAACAAGAGUAGUAUACUUGUGUAAAACCAAUUGCGCACUGUGUCAUGAAAAUAAUGUUUGCCAUUCCUGGUACUGACUGGGUUUCCUAAAAUAGAUGCUUGGAAAUUUCAUACACCCUUAAUCAGAUUACCAUGCCCACUAUUUAAAAAAAAUCAGUCACACAUGUUUUAGGCCAGUGUCGGUAUGCAAAUGCUGGAAAGUUGCACUGUAUACUUCAGGAAGGAGGGUACAGCAAAUACUCUGUUCCAUUUUUAUUAACAGGGCAAAGGUUUUUGUACUAAUAUGCAAAUAAAGGUUUACACACCUUGGUUA